CUCCCGUUCCUUGCGUCGAGCCACGCAGAGUAGCAAAUAGGGACCUUGCAGGUAAGGAGAUUAUAAGGAAAGGACCAUCUAUUGGCGUGCUGUUAUCGAGCGCGUGUACAACUUCAGAACGGCUUGUAUCGAGCCGUGAACGACGAACAUCGCUGAUCCUUCCCUCCGCCCGCGGACGAACCGAAGCUAGCGAAAAUUUGCGACAGUCGCCAGUACUUAUUACCUGCCGUUCGACAAAUUCGCCAGCAAUUGUGCUGCAGCUUCGCGAAAAGCGUCGAUUGGCUGGCGAAAGGAGCAUACGGGUUGCGAUGGGGGGGUCAACGGGAGAGACGACGCACGAGGAAACCAGGGGCAAGGCGGAGGAAGGAGAGAAGAAUAUUCUCCUUCCGGAUGGCCUUGUGAUGCGUGACUUAGAAGAGAGUGACUAUGGAAAAGGUUACAUGGAGCUCCUCUCACAGUUGACAUCCAUCGGUGCAGUAACAGAGGAGCAAUUUAAAGAUCAGUUUGCUCUCUUCUCUCAGCGCGCCACAGACUAUCACGUGAUGGUCAUUGAAGAUACGGUGAACAGCAGAGUAGUGGCCACUGGUACUCUGCUGAUUGAGCUCAAGUUUAUUCACUCGUGUGGCGAGAUUGGCCACAUUGAGGACAUAGUGGUCCACAGCAGUGUGCGGGGGAAGCACCUGGGGCAGAGAAUCAUUCAGACACUCACAGAUCUUGCCAAGAAACAAGGCUGUUACAAGGUCAUUUUAGAUUGUGAUGAAAAGAAUGUCGAGUUCUACAAGAAAUGUGGCUACAGUGUUAAGAACGUGGGUAUGGCUAAAUACUUCUGACGCUGUAAAUCUUUAUUUCAAUACAAGCGUGCGGAUUAGUACAUAAAUACAUUUGGAUUCCAUCAUCGUGUGAACUGUACUACCUAUUAUGAAGCACAAUGUGCUCACAUGCGGCAA